AAGAAAUUUGAAAGAAACAAAUAGAUCAGUAAGAAUGUAAGCUGCCUCUAUUUAUGAAUCAACUAAAUUGAUUGUCUUGAAGGAAAAGUUAGUAGCAUCCAUGAAGUAAAUAUUCAAAUGCGUUUGUCAUGUCAGCACUCUUCCUCAUACAGUGCAUUUAUUAAAUUUGGGUUUGGAAACAUUUAAGUUCCUCUGACCCUUUACUUUAUUGAAAUGGUGCCACUUUCCAAAGCUCGCGUGUCUCUGCAUUCAGGGUCCCUAGUCUCACCACGAGGUUUCAAAGAGCAUUGAAAUGUGCAAUUCCGUUCAUGCUGAUUUCCGCUUCGAGGAACACUGAUCCAGUAUUGUAUAUCGUGACCUUCAAUAAAGCCAAAACAUUUCUUUUUCUUUGGACAAAUAUUUAGAGUGGUUAAAAAAUUGAUCCAAUUGACAUCUUGGAGCUGAGGUUUCUUAUGAACAUGAAAGAUGGACAAGGGAAUCUACGACAUGGGCGUGGGACAGCUGACAAUUACCCUGGACCGCGUGAACAGAGUUGACUUCGGAAUAAGCUUGUUCAACCGGGAACUUGUGUUCGCUGGUUCACACCCCAAAAGAGUGGACGUGCUCAACACCCUUAUCCUACCUUUCCAUGUGCUCAUAUGGAUGGCUUUAGUUGGGACUUUGGUUUUCGUGUUCCUGUUUUUCAUCCUUUUUGAUUGGACCAUUGGCCGCCAGAGGACCUCCAACCCGAUCUUUACUUCAUUGGUGGUCACCCUGUCACCCUUACUAAACGAGGCUCAACCUCGAAGAAUGUUUCAUCGGACCGAAUACAAAUCUUAUUGGAUGAUUUGUGGCAUGUGGAUGAUUGUUGGAUAUUUCAUGUCCAUGGCGUAUAAAUCGAAUCUUUUGGCCACAUUAACCAUCCCAAACUACGAGAAAUCGGUUACUACGGCCGAAGAGAUCCUUGAAUCUGGAUUUCCCCUCUAUUCGUUGGCUGGAACUGCUCUGGUGUCCAGCCUUAAAAGCUCGCCCCGUCCAAUCUUUCCAAAGCUCUAUGAACAGGCCAUUCUUGAACGAAAUGGCCUUCAGAUCUUCGGUCAAUCUCAAGCACAGAGGGAUAUAGAAAUCAAGGAAGGGCGAGCAUUCAAAACCACAACCAGAGUGGAUUGUUUAUCUGAUCCGAGUCUUCGAAUCUUCCCUGAACCAUAUUUCAUUGGCAGGAGCGCCUGGUUCUUCACCAAAGGAAGCCAGGUCAAGGGCGACUUGGACAAGGCUCUGCAAAGGAUUUUAGAGGCGGGAAUUUCAAACUACUGGAAAAGACAUUUUAUUGAGAAAGAGAGACAAGGCAAGGAAAGUGAAACAGUUGAUCCUUUAAAGGCGAAAAGACAUGAAUUCAAGCCCAUUUCGAUCUCUCAUUAUCAACCGGUUUUGGUUGUGGGUGGGAUUGGUUUGAUUUUCGCACUCAUUUCCUUUUUAUUUGAAUUGAUACAUUGGCACACAUACGAUUGUUUGACAAAUAUUCUUCUGGAAUUCUGAGUGUUUUAAACAUUAAACACAGAUAGGAUAAGAGCGUCUGAGUAAAUGCUCCUUUAUCUGCUCUGAAAUAAUGAUAUGUGAAAUAUGGACAACAUCUUUAAGAAUCGAAUUCAAAAGCGGAACAUUGCGUCUGGUGAAUGUUUAGGUUGAUUUUUAACUGGAGUCUUAUGAAUUUAUCCUCGAAUCGAGGUCGGUAAGGAGACUUGUUCAAGACGAUCCAAAUUGGAAUUGAGAUGAGCACUCUUCUAUUUUCAUACCAUCUCGUUCGGUAAGAUGAUAUGCAUAAAGGCCUUGGUAUCUCUCCAGAACCGAACAGGAUUAGAUUAACGCCACACUACAGACAACACAUGUUAAUACACAUACCCCCCAGUGUUAUUAGACGUGUAAAUCUAAAACUUGACACCGAAAUUCUCAAAUGAUUUUCAACUGGAGAGUUAAUCUUAUCCAUUCAUUAUAUUUCAUUUAAGUAAACCUAGACAAGCAAUAAGAUUAUCUAACCCGACAACGGUAUCUAUGAAUCUCUGUGGCAAACUGCUGUUUGAGGACAAGCGAUGGCGCAGGAGGAAUGGAAGUAUUGUGCACUAAAAGGUCAUCUAAGCCAUGUUUCUUGGUUACCGUCUUUGCCAUGUCACCAUUUUUGGCAAUUGCAACCUUUUUCUCCCGCCAGAUAGCUCCCAUUUGAUCAUGAACCGAAUCUACACCCGUUACACUUGUUGUUAGACCUUUGCCCCCCGCCACAUUUAUUCCCCGAAACGUAUGUCUAUCCAGAAAUAUUUGUCCCCCCGGCACGCUAGAUCGUUGUAACAUGUAUUUAUUCCAAUUGCUGAUUAGAUUAGAGCCUUGAUUUUGGAUAUGGUACCUUAGUUCCUGCAAAAAGAUUUCCAAGAUACUAGUAGUUAUAAUAUAUGGGUUCCAGAGUAUUUUAAUACUUAACAAGGGGUAUCCCUGUUGAAAUCCCACAAUAUUUCCAUUUUCCAUCUCAUCUUCAUCACGAAACUGUUUUAAGAAUUUUAAAUCCCGUUAUUAUGGUUGCCAAUGUCAUUCCGUCACACAUCACUUCCACAAGAGAAAUGUAAGUUCAAGACGUGAAGACGCAA